GACCUUUGAAUUUACGCAGAGUGUAACAAGAUUCAGAUUAAAAAAUGGCAGCCCCCAUGAAAAGAUUUUGCAGUGAAAAAUGUUUCGCUAUGCAAAAAUGUCUUUUUGUCAGAUAUGUAUCAGUUCCACACUCAAAACAAACGCAUAGUCAGAAAUCUCCAGAAUUAACAGCACCACCUCCGGAGGUUAGAGAGAAUGACUGGAUAGGUCCACCUGAUAAAGUGUCCAACAUACGCCAGAUGGAGUUUUAUAUUCCAGAGGGAGAGACAGAUAUUGAAAAGAAGUACCGAGAGAAGAGACAGUCUGUCCUUGAAUGGCAUCAUGAAUUCUGGACAGAACACAAUAAAAAUUUCUUCACACAAAAGGAAGAGUUUACACAGCAGAGGUUAGCAGAAAAGCAGAAAUUAGGAGUUAAUGAAGACAGCAAGUCUGUGUCUGCUGAGGAGCUGUCUGAAUUCUACAAGAAAUUUUUAGAUGAUAACUAUAAAACACACAUCAAAUAUAAUAAAGAAUGGUAUAAGAAGAAUGUAAUGUUGCUGUGGCCUGCUGUAAAAGUCAAUGUGAUAAGAAUGAUGUCAUUGAGAAAAAAGAACAGUCAAAACAAUACUUGACCAUAUUUGGUGUGAUAUUUUUAUUCUGACAAUUAUGAUUUAUUGUAACAAUAUGUAUUUCCAUUUCUUAUUGAUUGGAACCAUCUCAUGGAUUUUUAACACAAGUAAAAGUAAAGAAAUCUGACAUAAUUAUGCAACCUCUGAUUUUAUGUAAAAUUCUGAGUUCUUUUGGAUCAUGCUCAGAUAUUUAUGAGGUUUGUUGUUUGGCUGCUUAUUAAAAAGGUUGUCAUAAAUAUGGA